CCGAAUUUCGCACCGAAAGAGAAUGGCGGGUAACGGCGUUCCGAUUUUAUUGGUCACCGCAAACGUCGGCAGCAUCUUCGAGGAGCCUAACGUGAUGCUGAAAAUUUGGGCGGAGGAAUUUUUAUCUAUUAUACUGAGGCUGGAUCCGAAAUUUAUUGCGCUGCACUGCCAAGAAGUAGGUGGAAAGAAUUACGAGCACAGCACCAGACAGGUGGAGGACUUCGUUAGGUUACUAAUGUCAUCGGAAGAAUUGAGGCUGUUCGACAGAAUCAGAGUAUUCUUAGACGAGGACUAUUCUUCUGCUGAACAUUUCACGGCACUUGGUAAUUUCUACUUUGUGCACGAAUCGUUGAAAGAUGUCUUAUUAUGGGACUUCCAAGAAUGUACUUUUAUACCGGUGAAUGGAAAGGAGGUUCAUUCUGGUAACAUUGAGGCAGUGACGACCAAAGAGAAAGCCAAGUUCCCUCAGGAAUUUUUUCCAGAAUGCAAGUGGUCCAGGAAAGGAUUUCUGAGGACACGAUGGAGUAUUAGCGGAACAGUUUUUGAUCUCAUAAACAUACACUUAUUUCAUGAUGCCAGUAAUUUUAUCGCCAUGGAAACAUUUCCAUCCGUAUACAGUAAAACGCGUAGAAGAGCGUUGGAGCAUACGUUAGAUAGGUUUCACAAUGACAAAUAUUCGAAUGUACCAUACUUUUUAUUCGGAGACUUUAACUUUAGAAUGGACACCGCCAGUGUGAUUAAAAAACUUACGGAAGAUACUCAGGAGAGAAGGUUAUCGAACAAGGGAGCCAUUUCGAAGUUGCAGUUUCACAAUAAAGACGAUGAUCUCAUAUUAACGUUAGGGAAGAAGGAAUUCUCUCACUGCGAGCAUCAGAACGUUUUCAUAAAGAACGGUGGAGAAUGGCUACGUGAAUAUGACAGAGAGCUGGAAGACUUUGACGGACGAUUGUUUGAAUUCCCAAUUAAAUUUGUACCGAGUUACCCCUUCGAGGAGGACGUCAACGAAGGCUCGCAUUACAUGAAAACAAGAGUACCGGCUUGGUGCGAUCGCGUACUGCUGAGCCCUACCGCUAAAUUGCUCGUCCAAGAUAUAUCGUCGCCGGGCGCAGUGGAGUACGGGAUAAUCGGUCCGACGACGUGCAUGGGCGACCACAAGCCAGUCUACUUGAGGGCAAAUCUCAUCUUGGACGAAGGUAUGAUUAACUGCUGCAGCUUGCCGAGUGCGCCUGAGUUUUGCUUUCGAGUGCCGAGCGAUUACGUGGAGUUGCUGUCCAUGUUGCCUGAUUACAGUAGUUGUGUUAGCGGCCGGGUCAAUUACGCGGCUAAUCUGUUGCACGCAGCACCCGUUAAGCAUGAUCCCUACACUCCGGAUAGCAUGGACAGCCCGAGUCCAAACGCCGUAAUGACGGCGUCGGGCUACGUCCCAGACGUAGACGCGAAUGACGCGUCCGUCCACUCGGCGCAAGUCUCGAACCCCAGAAGGCUCGACAGGGCCGUGUCGCCUGCGCUAUUGAAAUCCAAACUGGAACUGAUCGUCAGUCGUAGCGAGAAGCAAGAGGACGAUCAGGAAACGAACGAUAUGAAACGAAGCCCCAGCGACUGCUACCUGCAGUCUUGGCCGAAGGUCGAUGAACAGCAGUGGAGCGUGAGGACCAACAGAUGCAACAGCGACGUGUCCUGGCAGAGAUCACAUCUGCUGACCGAGGCUUGGGUUCAGGGCAAGGGGCAACAGGGGUAUCACUCGUUCGGCGACUUCAAUCGAUCCUGCUCAGACUCGACGCCGCCGAACGGGGUCGAGGGCAUCUCCUCGGAUUUGAUCAUACCGAGGAUAUCGAUUAUAAACGCGAGCAACUUCGAGUCGAACGAGAGCUCCGUGUACUUGCACGACGACAAGCAUGUGAACUGUCCGGAGAAACUGCUGAGCACCUACUCAGACGAGAGGACCAAGAGUCUGAGCGGUGAGGCGAUCAGCUCGGAGAGAUCGGACGACGAGAGCAACAGACUGAACGAGACGAGGACGAGCGAGAAUACGUACUCGGAGAGUAUCGAGCUUAAGAAACAGGACGACAGUACAAAUUUGUCCCGCGUAGAAGCUACGGAGGAACAAAUGCUCCGAGACAGGGAGAAACGCUUGAGUCAGAUUCUAGACACUUUACAGACUAACGACGAGGGCAAGGAGCUACGUACGGUUAGCGUUAGGCUUAGUAUUAAAAGUAGUCGUGUAAACUUGGACGAAGAGAGACAGACUCCUCGAGUAUUAGAACGAACAGAGGUUCGGGGGAAGUAUGAAUUGUUGGAUUUGGAGCAGGAUGAAUUCAGAAAGACGAGUCCGAGUGAUGAUAAAAACGAGAUGGAACGAAGCACGAGGAGCAACUCCGUUCACAGUCAGGACACCAACGACGAUGUUAAGAAGUCGAAGGCGGAAAGACUCGCGGCGAGUUGUAAGAGUAACAUCGUCGAGAAGAAGAACUUGGCGAACGAGGGGUCCGAGUCGGGUACGAUGUCCACUUUAAGCAGUCGCGAGAUAUUCAACAACAAUAACAGCAACCACAGCAACAACAAUAACAACGGUACGACGACCAUCACGAGAUACGUUCACGUCAAACACGCGGACUCGUCGGUUAAGAUCUUCCGCGAGACGACCGUCUGAUGUCGAACGUUAGCGAACGGAGCUACUCGGAGACAUCAUCGCUUCGCAAGUGUCACGACUUGAGGAAACACGUGUACCGAGUUAUCGUUACAAGAGUUCACUUAUUAUCGGUGCAAUUUUCUGAGUAGUAUCACUCGUGGAGCGAGAACGCGACUCGUGUGUCAGCGUGUUCACCUACGCGCGGAUCUCUUCGCGCGCUUUUACACGUCUCGUACGUGAUUCGGUGUACGGAACGUGGAGCGGCGCGUGCGUAAGUAUCGCAAUUACGAAGUAAUUCGAGCUGACGUACUACAAGUAAGUACACAUUUUCUUACACAACGCGACGACUGCCGCGUACCCUCGACUACUUUCACGCACACGUAUUUCAAGAGUUUUGAGUACAUUUAUAUAUAAACGCGGUUUCAACGAGACGAUUUAAAAUACGCCCCAUUGAAGCAUGUUUACCGUCACUUUUCGUGUUAGCCAGGGAGAGUAAGGAGAGGUUUCGGAGAGUUAUUGUUUGUACAAUCGCGUGUAGCAAGGAUCGUUGUAUUUUAAUCGAUAAGUGUCUCGGUGUUCCUACAUUACGUUCUUCCGACAAAGACCGAAGCCCUUACGUACGAAUACACGGUCAGAGAAGCGAUAGGGAAAAGUUUUACCUCACCUCUUUGUCUGUCUUUAAAAACGCGAAGGGAAGAAAAUUGCGCUACGAUUGCUGCCGAAACAAUCGACUCGAUCUUACGUUUCGCUCUGAUUCAUUGUGCUUGUUCUGUAUUAUGAAGCAAGAAUACGAAAACGAAUUGUAAUUUCGUGCCGGUUUCUAUUGUCCUACGGUAUCGAAUCGAUUCGUUAACGAGUAAUUCCUUCCUUAUCCUGUCGCAUCGUGACUGUGUCUCUGUCGUGUUUUAUUUUUUAAUUGCCACAAUGUUGGAUAGACGUAAGUGCAUCGUUCUCGACGCUCGCACGAAAAACGUUAACGCCGGUAGAAAGUCUAUGAAGCAGGUUAAUUGAAGCACGCGAUCCACGCUCGAUGAAACGAUAUAUCUUAAUCCGAUCCAAUUGGACUAAAGCGAGUACAUUCCAUUAGCGUAACCGUUAGCGAGUGAACUCGAGGCUUGUGAGAAAAAGAAAAGAUACUGUUGGCAGGUAUUCGAUGCAGUUAAACAAUAUUCUAGGGAGUAAAAGAAACAAGUCUAGACAUAUAGUAGAUCGUACGUAUUCGCACGCAACAUAUCUGUAUUCCUCUGUCGACGUGCAUUAUGAUAAACGUACACAUGGUUACGAGUCUCCUGCGGAUGCUUAUUACCGCUACUUAAAAGUCCUUCCACUGCCCCUGAUUACGUCGUCGACAAAUUCGUUAGUGUUCUAUGUAAUCAGUUCGCUUAAGUUUUUCAUUGUAAGAGACCCGAACACGCGUUAAUCAAACGAUUUAAAUGUAAUCUCGCGAACGAAGCCAAAGGAUCGCUUCCCCGCGCUUUCGAUUAUAGCCUUCGGUGUAACGGGUCGCGUUACUGCAUUUUAGAAAAUCGAUUGUAUCUACGGGAAUCGGUGAAUUAAGUCGGGUCGGCUACGACUGUUCUUGGUCGGUUUCGAAUCCGUUCCAUCUUAUAUGUCCGACUCACUAAGGUUACGAGAUAAGCUUACUUAACGAAAAGUCGUAUUGCUCGUUCUUUGACGUGACUACACCUGAUCGUUUCGAGUCAUUUUUCCUUUUCGUCGUUGAAGUCAAAGUAUCAGUUUAUGAAGUGUAUGUCAAUGAUAAUCGUGAACCAUUCCUUGAGAGUUCAUUGUCAAGUUUAAGAUAAAUCGUACGGUAUUCGAAGAGUAGAAAUUUCGUGUACUUCUGCUUGAAGCAAAUUUUAACAAUGUCUCUAGUUAUUUCGUAAGCAAAACCAUUUCGUAUCCGACUCGAAGAGUGUUGUACUCCGGUGCGUGCAAUGCCUAAGGAAACGAGUAUGAAACGUCGAAACGUACGAUUUAUCGGGAACGCAAUAAUUGAACUCGAUGUGUGUAUCGAUAUAUGUAUGUAUAUUUACGUAAGAUUAAGAGUUUAACGCUUCUACCAGACUGGUUUAUAGGAUCUUCCUUGUGAGCAAGUUUUUCGAUUAAAUUUUAAGAGUUUCAUUGUCUUUUUAUAAUGUUAUAAAAGUCGAUGAUUCCUGUUUUUCAAAAUGCUUUAUACUAUAGUUUGCGUGGGGAUUUAAACGAGGAGAAUUUCGAUGAACAAAAGUAGCGAAAAUAGAGGAUGAAGAAAAAGCGUAGAGGGACCGAUGAAGUAUUUUUAAUUAGAGUGCUCCAUCGAAAUCCUCGCUUGCUCCGAUGUUUUAUGGGAUGUUUUAAAGAGAAACAUUAUUUCUUCCGUCUGUCGGCGGCAAGCGAACGUCGUACUUUUAUAAAUAUGAAUGUACUUAUAUUUUGUACUGGCAGUACCUUGCAAAGAUAUGUAUAAUAUGUUAAACAAUGAGAUUCUAUGUACACGUAUACAUGUGUGUUAUAAAUAAACGUUAUACGAUAGGAGUCGCGUUAACUGAAAGAGGAAAAGUGAUCAAGUUUUAUUCACAAGCUUAAACGGUGAUUAAAUUCAUCUCUGACUCAAUCUGUUAUAUACUAACUAUAAUACGCUGUUUGUUAUAUUGUCGAACUUGUUUCACGUAUUAUAGGCAAAGAGAAAUAAUGAUAGAUUGUAUACACCAUUUCAAAGUUUCAAUAAAUGAAGAACGUAUCAUUGUCUAUUA